GUGGCAAAGAUUCGAGGAGAAACUUUCUUCUUCAAAGGUCCGAUGAUGUGGAGGGUCAAUGGCGGAGGCUUGGUGUCGGGGCGCGGUUCUUCAGUGAGGAGGUUGUGGAGGGGUCUACCCCCUGACCUGCUUCAUCUUCAAGCUGUGCUGGAGAGGCGCUCGGAUCAUGCGAUCAUCUUUAUCAGUGGUCACCAGUUCUGGCUCUUCAAGGACCUGUCUCUGCAAGAAGGUUACCCUCAGCCCCUGUCUGCUCUCAGGACGGGCGUCAGCUUAGAUUUAGCAGACACUGAUAACGACGAUGAUGACGAGCAGGCAGCAGGAGCAUUAGAGAGAUGGGGCCUGGUCUGGGACCCGGAGGAGGGGGCUGUGUGGGGAAAAAUUGGAGAUGCCAAACAAGAGAAUCAAGGAGACACCUGGACACAACUGCUCAAAGAGGGUGUGAAUGGAAUCACUACAGACACUAAUGGCUCUGUCUAUCUCUUUAAAGGAGAGUCCUACUGGAAGUUCAUGUUUCCAGGUUCAUCACUGCAUGAUGGAUACCCACGAUCCUCUGCUGCAGACUGGCUGGGCUGCACUGACUCAUCCUCACCUGGGAUGCAGGACCUCUCCUUUUCACUGUCAUCACCUGGAGGAAGAGAGGAGCUCAGGGAGAGUUGGAGAUAUCGGGGAGAGGAGGAAGAACUGAUAAAAAGAAAGCGGGUCAGAGACGGAACUAAACACAAAGAGGUGCUGGACAGAGGUUCACACAUCUGGACAAAAUGCACAUGCCGAAACGGAGCCCUGGGGGGCAGGACAACAUUUUUGAUAGCUGCCUUGCUGCAGGUUACAUGGGCACUGUUAGCUGUUUAAAGGUGCACAAUGAAAGAAAAAACUGAGGUUUUAUUAGACUAAACAGAGUGUGUGUACAACCUUUCCACAAGCACUCGCAUCCUCGCCCUGUACUCCUGUCUGAGUGUGAGAUUAGAAAUGUGCUGCUGGUUUCAGGUAGCAGCGGUGCUAAUUACGAGUGCUAUUUUAAUUAGGAGGCAUAUUUAUUUACCUGUCCACCAGUCAUCCGGUCAUAUUGUGAGUUAUGACCAGAAAACUGGUUCCAUCUGUGAAGGACUGAAGUUGCCAAAAUCAAUUAUUAACAAA